ACGGCACCACCACCGGCAUACAUCCUCUAAACACACGACAUCCCCAAGCACCGACCACUCCAGUCGCGCAUCCAAACAUGAAGCUGCUUACCGCCUUGUUCUAUACGGCUUCCCUUGCGCUUACUUGUGCCGCCCAAAAUGAAGGUCUCAAGUGGGUUACGUCACCGACACUUCGCAAAGAUGUACAAUACCUGGGCAUGUCGGCCAUCAACAAGGACGUAGUUUGGCUGUCCGGCACCCACGGCACCAUCAUCCGCACUACCGACGGCGGUGCGCACUGGGAAGACGUUCCUUCUCCCGUAAACGCUUCUGAAAAGUAUUCCGUCACGUUCAAGGCCAUCCACGCCUUUUCAGACAAGUUUGCCGUCGUCCUCGCCGAUGGUGCAGGCAGCCAUUCUCGCAUAUUUCUGACUGGCAAUGCCGGCGAGCGCUGGAGGCAGACUUUCACCAACAACGAACAGGCCGCCAACUACCAAUGCAUGGGCUUUGGCUCCACCGACGGAAGGCGCGCGAUGGGUGUCGCAGCCAGUGGGCCCGUCAACGGUCGGCUCCGCUUGAUCCAGACUAUCGAUGCGGGCGAGACGUGGACGCCCGUGUCGCAGGCCAAAUUCCCCCUCACCGAACCGGACGAAAAGCUGCUGCCAGUGAGUUCGUGCGUCACCGUGAGCCCUUACGGGGUAUACGUUGCUACCGCCGACACCAAAAGCGGACGCACCCACAGCACCGUCAACGACAACCUUGCACUAGGUUGGCAGGCCACAAGCGCAAAUCUCACCGCAGGCGUGGCUGGCGGCGCAAGCAAUGUGGCGUUCCACGCCAAUGGCCUGAACGCCGUCGUAGUCGGUGGCCCUAUUAGCUUCUCGUCUUCCAACAGCACGCUUGCUUCAUGGGCUGCCCUUGGCGGUGACUACUGGUACCGCAGCACCGGCGCACAAGGCACCUUUCUCUCGAGCGCCAGCUGGGCGCCUCUGAGGAGUCAAGUUGCUGUUGCUGUGGGACCCGACGGAUCUGUUAUUACCCAUGAUAGCGGCAAGACUUGGGAAGCGCUGGGCAAAGAGUCCUUCACCAGAGUUAGCUGCAACGACCAGGAUAUGUGCUGGGCGGCGGGAGAGGGUGGAGUGGUUGGCAAGUUGGACUUGAGCGUGCUUAGCUUUCGCUAAACGAUUGGCUGUAUGUAUAUAGAGAGAGACUUUGGCGAGAUGCGUAACGAGUCGACCAUUUGAUCAUGAGCAUAGCAAUGUCAAUACGAGUGUUAAUGCCAUG